UCAUUAUUUUUCAAGUGGUUAAAUGAAAUCACACGUGAAAAAAAAAAGUGUAAUAUUUUUAAAUUUUGAUAGGAGUAAAGUUGAGUUUGUAAGCUUAACAAAAGGUAAAUUUAUAAAGUUAACAUAUCUAUAAUAGAAAUGAGACAUUUAGGGUAGUUUGAUCCAAUAAAAAGAUGGGACACUUAGGGUAAAUAGGAGGGAGUAUCUAGUAAUACUACCACCAAUUCAAUUUAGUUGUCCCAUUUGAUUUGGGCACAAAUAUUAAGGAUUAGAGAGGACCACUUAAAAUAGUAGACUCAUAUACAACAUUGGGUAUUUUUAAUAUUAAGGAAAUAGGGAACUACCUAUAAAUAUAGAUCUUAAAAUAGAAAUGAGACAAGUAAGAUAAACUUACCCAAUAAGAAAAUUGAACAAGUAAAAAGAAUCGGAGGGAGAUUAAUAAUAUUUAAUUAAUUUCUAAUCUAAAAUGUUUAAUUAAUUUCAUAUCUAAAAAAACAUUUAAUUCAAUUCUUAUCUAAAAAAAUAUUUAAAAUAUUGAUAAUCAUAUGGUUGAGGAUUUUUCAUUUUCAUAGUGACAAAGUUUUGAUUCUCACUAGCUUCUAUUAAUUAUUAAUUCCUAUUUUGUAUCGUUAAAAAAAUUAGUUAAUUCUCUUGUUAAGUAAAAUUAAUUGAUAUCACACAUUAAACAUAUUAUUGAUUGAAGAAAUAAAUCAAUUGGAAUUUGGAAUACCUCCUAAAAAAAUUUAAUCAUAAAUAAAAUAAAUUAUUUCCUAAUAAAAAGAGCCUAAUUAACUAAUGGUAGUUUUUUCCUUGUGCCACCAAAAGAAAGCUGUAAAAUACUCCACACCCUUCAUUAAAAUUGCAAACAAGUUGUAAAUUUAUAUCUAAUUAAAGAUACAGGGAAUAAGAGCACAUCAUGGAUUGUCAAAUGUUGAUAUGGGUUUCAUAUAAAUGCAAAACUUCUAUCAGUUUCAUUACAAAUUAACCAUUACUAUUAAAAAAAUAUAAAUAAAGUUAAUUGUAUUGGUUAAUUUAAUUUUAACCUGGAGAAAACAUGGAGAAACAAUCAAAUUUGUUUCUCUUUUUGUGUUCUUUAGGAAUUUUCUUCGUCUUAACUUGGGCACAAGAUUCUACUCAUCAAGAAUCCGAGAGGUAUUGGAAAUUACGUGAGCAAGAAGCCAAAAAGAGAAAUAGAGAAGCUUACCGUCCUUAUCCUUACAAUGUCACCAACCACCUCAAUCAUCGAGCUCGAAUGUUACAAACUAGGUUGGAAAAGAAUGAAGUGAGAACAAACAGCACAAGAAGGGAAUUGGCAAAGAGGUUCAGAAAAGGUUGCAUGUACACAAACCCUAUAGACGAAUGUUGGAGGUGCAAACCUGAUUGGGAAAAAAAGAGAAGAGUGCUAGCCAAGUGCGCUUUAGGGUUUGGAAAGGGAACCAUCGGAGGCAAGCUAGGGCGCAUGUAUUUAGUAACAGACUCUUCAGACAAUGAUAUGGUUAACCCUAAACCUGGAACUCUGCGCCAUGCAGUCAUACAAAAAAUACCUCUAUGGAUUGUCUUUGCUAGGUCCAUGUCAAUUAGGCUCAAUCAAGAGCUUAUAAUGACGAGCAAUAAGACCAUUGAUGGUCGAGGUGCAUUCGUGACAAUCAAAGACGGAGCUGGUAUCACGAUUCAAUUUGUAGAGAAUGUAAUAAUCCAUGGGAUUAGAUUUAGGAACAUUGUUCCUGGGAGCGGAGGAAUGAUUAGAGAUUCAGUUGAUCAUUAUGGUUUUAGGACCGAAAGCGAUGGAGAUGCCAUUUCUAUAUUUGCAUCAAAUCAUGUUUGGAUAGAUCAUUGUUCUUUUUCUAAAGCGGCUGAUGGGAUUAUCGAUAUCAUUAAAGGAUCCACUGCCAUUACAAUUUCCAAUUGCCAUAUAACUCAUCACGAUAAGGUAUUCUUGUUUGGGGCAAACGACAAGCAUUAUGAAGACAGAAAUAUGCAAGUUACACUCGCAUACAAUCACUUUGGAAAAGGCUUGGUACAAAGGAUGCCAAGAUGUAGAUGGGGAUUCUUCCAUGUAGUCAACAAUGACUACACCCAUUGGCUGAUGUACGCCAUCGGGGGUAGCAUGAACCCAAUCAUCAUUAGCGAGGGAAACCGAUUCAUCGCCCCUCCUGACCCGAGAGCCAAAGAGGUUACACACAGACAGAAUCCCGCGUCUGCAUGGGACAGUGGAACAUGGAUCUCGAACAAGGAUAUGCUAAUAAAUGGAGCAACCUUCCAAACGUCAGCCUCUACUAAUCUUGGCAACAUUGACAAAACUAAGAUGAUGCGUCCAAUGCCUGGUACAUUUGCUGGCCGUGCUGUGAAGUACGCCGGACUAUUGAAGUGUAGUACUCGAGUUCCGUGUUGA